AUGCGGUUCUCAUACAUUUCCGCCCUGUUAUUGGCGCCUCUUACACUUGCGUAUCCUAUUGCAAGCCCUUCUCCGAGCUCAGAUGCUCUUUCAAUCAACCAACGUGACGGCUCUGCUCCCAUUGAUGCAAGAGCACUGUCUGUUAGUCAAAAAAUCAAUAAGAUUGUAGACGAGGGUCACAAAGUCACAGAAAUGUGUCAAAAGUACCAGGGUGGAGUCUUGGAGUCCAUCUACCUCUACAGACAAUUCAAGACCUGCAAGAGUUCGGUCGAGUCUGCCGAAAAGGCAGCGAAACAAUCGGGACCUUUGGGUGAGGGUGAGAGCAAAAAGGUUGUAGUUGCUUUGGAACGUCUUACUCCAGAAUUCGUGCAGAUUUCGAAAGCUCUCAAAGAACGCAAAAGUAUGAUUACUGGUACACGAUACCAGUCUUACUUUCAAUCGGAACUUGAAAAAUUGCAAAAGAACGUGGAUGUUUGUUACAGUGCUCUCCACGAAAAAGCCACUAGUUCUCACCAAUCAAAGAUCGAGGAGCUAAAAAGUGAAGCUGAUACUCAGUUCGAAGCCGUAAGGAAAGAACUUUCCGAGAAACCCAAGCUCCGCCGAUCUUUGGGAUCCAGAUCGGAUGAUGAUGAUUCUGAAGGCCCUGCCGCAGGUUUCCCAUUACCAGGUCUCUCAGGUCUUCCAGGCCUCCCAGAGUUUCCAGGUUCCUCAGAACUUCCUGGUCUCUCGGAUUUGCCAGGCGCCUCAGAAAUUCCAGGUUUCUCUCAGUUCCCAGGUAUCUCAAAACGUCAAGCUCUUGAAAAGAGAUCUGCCGAAGAGUCUAUCGAGGAAGCUUGCGAAAAAGGGUUCGAGUACGUUUCUACCAUAUUCCAUGGCUUCUUCUCCUCCUCCAAGAUGGGUGAAUAUGAGGCUAUGCUCCUUCCCCUGUUGACGGGAACUACAGUCCAACAAGUCAUGGAAAUGUUCACUCUCUUAGAAGAUAUGGUGGAAACUCAAUAUGACAACUACGAGACCGAGCGUGCUCAUGGCGUCCAGAGUAAGCAGGCCGUCAAAGAUCUGCUUCACGGACUUAUGGGUCAGGUCACAAGUGUUGCUGCAGCCAAGGAACGUCUGGGAGUUCCUCAGUCGAAAUCAGGGAGGAAGUAA